AUUGAUUUUAGUGUGAAAGUAAAGCAAAACAAAGUGAAGUGAAAUAUGUCAGACUCCGCAGUUGCAACAUCCGCAUCUCCUGUGGCUGCCCCGCCAGCGACACCCGCAGCCGAGAAGAAGGUGGCUGCCAAGAAAGCAGCAUCUGCAUCGAAAGUGAAGAAGCCGGCAGUUCCUCCAUCACAUCCUCCAACUCAGCAAAUGGUGGACGCAUCAAUCCUGAACCUAAAGGAGCGUGGUGGCUCGUCGCUUAUGGCAAUCAAGAAGUACAUCAGUGCCACAUACAAGUGCGACGCCCAGAAAUUGGCACCAUUCAUUAAGAAGUACCUGAAGAGCGCUGUUGCCAGUGGAAAACUUAUCCAAGCUAAAGGCAAGGGCGCAUCUGGUUCGUUCAAAUUGUCUGCAUCUGCCAAAAAGGAGCCGAAGCCAAAAGCCAAGGCUGCCUCAGUAGAGAAGAAACCGAAGAAGGUCACUGCAUCAGCAGCAGCAGCUAAGAAGAAGACUGCCGGCACCAAGGCGAAGAAAGCAGCUGGGUCCGCUGAGAAGAAACCAAGCAAAGCUGUAGCAACCAAGAAGACCGCUGAAAAGAAGAAGGCUGAGAAAGCAAAGGCUAAGGAGGCCAAGAAGAGUGGUACAGUAAAAGCCAAGCCCACAACAGCAAAGGCGGCGGCCAAGUCGAGUGCUGCAAAGCCAAAAGCACCAAAGCCCAAGACUGCAACUGCCAAGCCGAAGCCAAAGAAGGCAGCAGCGGCAGCAUCGCCAAAGAAAGCCGCAGUGGCUGCUAAGAAACCCAAGGCAAAACUGCAGCUGCAGCCAAGAAAUAAGAGAGCACUAGGACAUUGAAGAUUGUCGUGCACAAGUUUCAAGACUAUGAAAUUUGUUAUUUAACAAAGCCCUUUUCAGGGCUACUAAUUUUAUAUCAAAAGAGAAAUGAGUUUUCAAGUUAUGUAACAUUACGAGAUGACUUUUACGACUAUAACAGAAUCGUAUUUUUAACACAAAGCAUAAUUUAAAGCAUGAGCCAGGUAGCUAAAU